CCCUUCAUUGUCGUAGAAAGAAUAGGGUUUUAGAAUCAUAUAUCCGGAGCAACCAUAAACCUCUCCCGAAGUUAGAAAGACGCAGGCAGCCGUCGCCACCACCCGCUCUAGUCGGGAAACAUGCCUAAAUCAAAGCGCAACAGGCCCGUGACCCUAUCAAAGACGAAGAAGAAGGGCAGAGAGCACAAAGAAAACAUAGUGAGUUCAAUUAGGGAAGCUGUUGAGAAGUAUGAGUCGAUUUAUGUUUUCAAUUUCGAGAACAUGAGAAAUCUUAAGUUCAAGGAGUUCAGAGAACAGCUUAAAUCUUCCAGCAGAUUCUUUCUUGGGUCAAACAAAGUGAUGCAAGUGGCCCUUGGACGUUCAGCCGCUGAAGAGAUGAGACCAGGUCUUUACAAGGUUUCUAAGCUUCUUCGUGGCAAUUCUGGACUUUGUUUUACUAAUCUACCAAAGGAAGCUAUGGAGAGGUUGUUCAAUGCAUUUGAAGAGUAUGACUUUGCAAGAACUGGGAGCCUUGCCACUGAGACAGUGGAGCUUAAAGAAGGUCCUUUGGAUCAGUUCACACAUGAGAUGGAGCCCUUCUUACGUAAACAAGGAAUGCCAGUCCGAUUAGACAAAGGCACUAUUGAGCUCGUGUCAGACUUUGUUGUAUGUGAGGAAGGCCAACCAAUUUCUCCGGAAUCAGCUCGGAUACUGCGUCUUCUCGACACCAAGAUGGCUACUUUCCGGCUUCACUUGGUUUGUAGAUGGAGCUCUGAGGACUUUGAAGUGUAUAUGGAAGGAUUGGAAGGUUCUGAUAUUGAAUCCUCAUAGACUCCUGUUGACAAAUUGGUCACCCUAAACGCAUAGGGGCGAACUUAUUAUGUUCUGAGUUUGCGGUUUCAUCCAGAAAUUUGAAACUCAGCCCAAGCCAGCACUGUUAUAAGCUUUGAUCUCUUUCUAAAGUUUGGAUAGCGAAAGUUUUGAGUAGAUGAGUUAUUUUUGUAUGUCAUGAACAAAAACAACUUGAUGCUUCUUUGCAGAAGCAUAUUAUGAUGUUAAAUAUAUUUUUUGGUAGUAUGAUUGUAAGAAAUCGUGCCCAUUAAACCUGUAAUCAAGAUUUGCGGUUAACUUUCUAAUUUCUAUUCCUACCCGAUGUAUGGAGGUAGAGUUUACCCUGGGUGCUUUCCCAUACAGCCCAUAGGACAAUAAUUUUAGUACAUAAGAGUUUACCCUGGGUGCUUUCCCAUAUACAGCUC